AACCAAAUCUGCCUCUCAAACCGUCACACAGACCGGCUUCUUUAAUCAUGCACCGCUUUCCCGUCACGCCCUUCAGGUGGCGCCUACCACUACAAGCUGGCACAGGCUUGGGCUUAGCCUAUACUCUGCAAUGUCGACGUGCAUUCAGGCUCGAUUCACAGAACAAGCUUGCGACUAGUUCGAGCAAUAAGCGGACACCGCUUUCACAUUCGACUCGGGGAACACUGAAUGCCGACUUCGUGAGGGAUUGUUCCCGGGGUAGCAUGGCAGGUUUCGGCGCCGGUCUGGUCUUAGGAUUCUUUUCCCAGGCUAUAGUCUUCAUAUCUGGCCUAGCCAUGCUCACAUUGCACGUAAGUUUAUCGUGGGAGAGGAAGAGAAUCCCGAUGUCAUGCACUCGAUUAAAACAAAGCACUGUAGGUCGUACACCGAUGGGGGGUUGAUAUCCCCGAGCUGCUCGGGCUGAGGCAGCGGCUGAGCCGGGCCAUACUAAAUCAACCGUUCAACAAUGCAGUAUUCCGGUUGUCAUUCGCUGCUACAUUUACACUAGCGGCGUUUGCGCGGUUCUGAUGGGAAUGCUCCACGGUGCUUUAGUAAGCUAUACACAGUUUGCCAAUUUCAAAUGGGCUGUGUUUCUCUAGUCA